UGCUUCUUGUCGUGUUUGCGACGUAAAGUUCAGAGUUUGCCAUCAGCAUUCAUGCCGAACGUGAGUCGGUCGCGCGUAGGUGUUCUUUGUGAGCACCUACUUUAUCUAGAUCUCAGCUGGAGUGAUCUGGAAGACAUUUUCCUUGGACAUCAACAGCGCACACCCCGACAGUAUAAGUCUGUAAACGGCCUAUUUAACAUCGAAGAACUGCAGGAAGAUGCUUUUAGGCGGAUAUUUAGAUUUCAUAAGGAACACCUGAAAGACCUGAGAACGUCUCUGCUUAUCCCGGACGCUGUAAUAAGCGCCCAGGGUGUCAGCGUAAGUGGCGAGGAAGCUCUUCUCAUAACCCUACGCAGGCUGGCGUAUCCCAACAGGUGGUGGGAUUUGGAGCCACUGUUUGGCCGCCACUACUCCACUUUGUCAAGUAUCGUGUCCCAGAUGCUCACGCACAUUGAAGGCAACUUUGGACACCUGCUGGACUUAACUAAGAACAAGUGGCUGAACAUUGCUGAACUAGGUCGUUUUUCUCAGGCAAUGCAUCGCAGAGGUGCACCACUUAAAAACUGUUGGGGGUUCGUGGAUGGGACAGCGAGACCGAUUUGCCGGCCAUCGGUGAACCAGAGAAUAUAUUUCUCUGGUCAUAAGCGCGUCCAUGCUGUGAAAUAUCAAUCUGUCAUGUGCGCCAACGGCAUCGUGUGCGAUCUUGACGGCCCCUACCCAGGUCACAGACACGACGCCGGUAUCCUGGGAGACAGCGGCCUUUACAGCAGGCUCGAGCACUUGGUGCAGGGUUCCUUGUACACCAUCUAUGGCGACCCUGCAUAUCCACUACGUCCACUGCUGAUGCGCCCAUAUGCUGGCUCUUCUCUGACAGAGGCACAGCAAAGGUUUAAACCGGCAUGAGCACAGUCCGCCAGGCCGUAGAAUGGGGGUUCGGCAAG